CUGUCCGCGGAGCCGACAUGCAGGCGGCGCGGGGCGGCGCGGGGCGGCCGGGGCGGCCGGGCCGCGGGCCGGAGCGCGAGCGCGAGCGGCCGCCGGGCGCCGGAGCCACGUCCCCCUGCGCCGCCCCGGGCCUGCCGGCCGGAGGAGCCACCAUGCACCCCCGGCCGCCGAGCGCCUGGCCGCCCCGCGCCCGCGCCGCGCUCCGCCUGUGGCUGGGCUGCGUCUGCUUCGCGCUGGUGCAGGCGGACAGUCCCUCAGCCCCAGUGAACGUCACCGUCAGGCACCUCAAGGCCAACUCUGCAGUGGUGAGCUGGGAUGUUCUGGAGGAUGAAGUUGUCAUCGGAUUUGCCAUCUCCCAGCAGAAGAAGGAUGUGCGGAUGCUGCGCUUCAUCCAGGAGGUGAACACCACCACCCGCUCGUGUGCCCUCUGGGACCUGGAGGAGGAUACGGAGUACAUAGUGCAUGUGCAGGCCAUCUCCAUUCAGGGCCAAAGCCCAGCCAGUGAGCCUGUGCUCUUCAAGACCCCGCGUGAGGCUGAGAAGAUGGCCUCCAAGAACAAAGAUGAGGUAACGAUGAAAGAGAUGGGGAGGAACCAACAGCUGCGGACAGGCGAGGUGCUGAUCAUUGUCGUGGUCCUGUUCAUGUGGGCAGGUGUCAUUGCCCUCUUCUGCCGCCAGUAUGACAUCAUCAAGGACAAUGAACCCAAUAACAACAAGGAAAAAACCAAGAGUGCAUCAGAAACCAGCACACCAGAGCACCAGGGCGGGGGGCUUCUCCGCAGCAAGAUAUGAAAACCUUUUCAGUGCUUGCCCUGAGCAGCUAAGAAGACAGACAGUAGAGAAUGUGAGAGGAUCUCAUGAUCUCAUGGUUCUGACGAUGAUUAUCCAACAAACAUCUGGCCCUCUCUACAUCUCCUCUUCCCUCCAUCUCCUUGUAUCCUCUGGCUUACUGUCCUCUCUCUGGAGCACUUUCCUGAAGCCUUUUAUUAACCCCCAUCUCCAGAAGCACCUCAACAAUGUCAGUGGCUGAGGCUGCACUCAGAGGGAUGACUGCUGGGGGUAAACUGGGUGCCAGGGGCCAUGGGCCCAGGACCCAGUCUUGGCCAUUCAGUUGAGUGAGGCUGAAGGCUGGGUUUGAAAAGGCAGACAAGACAUCCAGGCAGGGCUUCUCUUUUCCUUCCACAAGGGACAAGAGCCUGGCUUAUUUAGGCUGCAGCCCUGCUGCUCCUCCCUUCCUUCUUCUGUCCUCUGUUUCCAGCCUUGCAAGAAGUCUAUUCAAUUAGUCCUGGCCGCUUCUCUCAUUUUUUUCCUCCCAGUUUCCAAACAAGCCCUCAGUGAACAUCAUUGAAGCGUGACUGCCUGUCUGCAGAGAGAAGGAUUCCAUUUUUCUUCUCAGCUGGUCCCCGGGCCCACGGGCACAGGGAGCAGGACGACUGCAGCAGCGGGGAGGAGGCACAGCUAGCUGCAGUUUGCUUUUCUCCUUGCCCUAGUCAGAUGAAGGAGGCUGAACUACAAACCCAAAUUCUGCAAAAAAUAAAUAAAAUAAGAAUAAGCCACAAAACUAAAAGGCCUGGCCCCAUUCUGGAAAAGGCAAAGCUGCAUGAGACACAGCCUUCUGCCUCCUCACCUCUCCUGGACUGGCUUCCUCUUUGAGAAAAUGCACAAAGCCCUGGGAGAUGACAAGCACGAGGACUGACGCAAGCUGUGUCUUUCAGACCAAGGAACAUCAGAGAAGCUGUGGGGCUGCCUGCCAUGCAGGAUCAUGGCUGCCAUCAAGCCUUUUCUGGAUCCAGCCAUCAAGGACAUGUUUGUGGUGUGAUACACACCUUUGCAAGUGUGUAAGAUAUUACCUGGUUUGUCUCUUUUGGAAAACAAAAAUCCGAAGGCUGCACUCUAGAGGGCAGAGAGAUUCCCCCGAAGACUGAGCUGGUUGCCUGCAUCCUCUAUCUUCUUUGACCCUUAUGACUGUAAGAUCAUCAGUUUGGGGUCUUAGGAAGACCCGGAAGGUACUGGUCUAAUUUAUUUAGGAAGUAUCUCUUGGAAUUUGAGAAAUGCUAGCUUGGACAACUGAAAAGUCACAUCACAUCUGGCAUUCUGGGGGUUACUAAAACACCCCUUCUGGAGUGGAAGCUGCUGGAAGGCAGGCCUGAGCCAUUCACCACAGACAGGAAGAGCAGCCCUGGCUAUCACACUGGCCUCUGGGGUCUUCAUAUCUUGCCAUCUCAUCCAGGGUUCCGUGAAAGUUACCCAGGGUCCUCAUGUCCUUCCUUAGAGCCUGAGUGGUGUGAGGUGACAGGUCUCUCUCUCCACUGCCCCUUUCUGGCUUAAAAAAAUGGUGCUUGAUGAGGGAAGGUAGACUCUUCCCUAGGACUGACGAGUUAUGGCUGCCAGAUACCUGCAUGGGAAGAGGUGGACCUCUGCAUCUUCCAUUGGCGGCCAAGGAUGGGUGUGGGUGAACCACACCUAGCACAAGCCUGGUACUCAGUAAAUAUUUGUUGAAAUGAGUAAGAGCAUCGGUCCCCAAGCCAGAGCGCCAGAAGCCAUCACCCAAUGACCGCCCCUUCCUUCCGGUCUACAAGAGCUCUCAAGGCUGGGUCUGCCACCACUCUGCUUUGCCCAAGUGUGGCAGCACUGGGGAGGAGAGACAGGAUAAAGGGCAGAUGUCAGCAAUACUAAGGGCUUCCUCAUGGGAGGGCAUGAGGCUCCACUCAUUGUCUUGUGACUUCCAUCCCUGCUGAAUGGGGCUGCAAGGCCAAAGCUCCUUAGGGGAGAGGUCCUUACCUCUGAUCCACUUAGAGCAAUAACCACUUUUUAAAUGUAAAAUAAAAAGACAAAUGAAAAGGCA